AUUUUCAUUCUGAUAUUUCGAUGUUACUGAAAGGUUAUUUUCCGUAUGCACGUGGUUCGUCCCAUAGCACUUCCGACCGUGACGAAAACAAGUCUCACAUGCUGAUUUUGCAUGGGUUAGCUAAGUGCUGUGAUUAAAUUGUGUGAAAACUCGUAAGAUUGUGAUUUUACGACUAAAAGAUUCCUACGCAAAAGCCAAAAUGGGAAAGAAGAAAUCUGGAGGUGGUGGCGGUACGGGACUGGGAAGAGCGUUGAUAAAGGAGAGGCUUUUCGCAGGUCGUGGUGGCAACAGACGUGCAGAUUCUUGGCUUCAUACCAGUGAGCUUAACGACGGAUACGACUGGGGUCGCCUCAACCUGCAGUCCGUUACAGAACAGAGCUCCCUGGACGAUUUUUUGGCCACCGCAGAACUCGCAGGGACUGAGUUUGUAGCUGAAAAGCUCAACGUCAAGUUCGUGCCGGCGGAAUCCAGAGCGGGGCUGCUGACGUCAGAAGAGACCAAAAGACUCAAGGAGCUACACGAAGAGAACAAACAGCUCUUGCGCAUACCUCGCAGGCCGGAAUGGGACCAGAGCACCAGCCCGGACGCGCUACAGCUAGCGGAGAGGGACAAUUUCCUGGAGUGGAGACGGGAGCUGGCAAAGCUGGAAGAAGAUCAGAACCUGAUUCUCACCCCAUACGAACGGAAUCUAGAUUUCUGGAGACAACUCUGGAGAGUGAUCGAGAGAAGUGAUGUCGUAGUGCAGAUUGUCGACGCCCGACACCCCUCCCUGUUCCGAUGUCCAGACCUUGAGUGCUAUGUGAAGGAGGUGUCCCCACACAAGCAGAACAUGGUGCUGGUGAACAAGGCGGACCUGCUGACGCGGGAGCAGAGGGGGGUGUGGGCGCGGCACUUCGAGGAGGAGGGGAUCCGGGCCGUGUUCUGGUCCGCCCUGGCCGAGAACGAGAGGCUGGAGGCCGAGGAGAAGGGGGAGGCCCAUGGCGGGGAAGAGGAGGAGCUGAGCGAUGAAGAGAAGGAGUCAAUGGAGGAAGAGGAGGAGGGAGAAGACACGGAUGAAGAUGAGGAGAGGGAAAUGUUCCAGGACUGUAUGGAGGAGGAGGACUGGCAUACCUGCUCAGAGGGAGAGGAGGAGGAGGAGGAAGAGGAGACCGGCUCCCCCAGCCCUGCCUCCUUCCACAACUCCAGCCGCCUCCUGAGCAAAGAUCAGCUGCUGGAGCUGUUCAAGACUGUGCACUCAGGGACCAGGCUGAAGGAAGGCCAGAUUACAGUGGGGCUGGUUGGGUAUCCGAACGUGGGAAAGAGCUCCACGAUAAACACGCUUCUCAGGAAUAAGAAGGUGUCCGUGUCGGCCACGCCCGGACACACCAAGCACUUUCAGACGCUGUUUGUGGAGCCGGGCCUGUGUCUGUGUGACUGCCCAGGCCUCGUCAUGCCGUCGUUCGUCUCCACGAAGGCCGCCAUGAUCUGCAGCGGGAUCCUCCCCAUCGACCAGAUGAGGGACCACGUUCCCGCCAUCUCGCUAGUGUGUGAGCAUAUCCCGCGGGAGGUGCUGGAGGGCACCUACGGCAUCAGCAUCAUCCGCCCACGAGAGGACGAGGACCCCCAGCGCCCGCCCACCGCCGAGGAGCUGCUCAUGGCCUACGGAUACAUGAGGGGCUUCAUGACCACGCACGGCCAGCCUGACGAGUCGCGCUCCGCUCGCUACGUCCUGAAGGACUACGUCAACGGGAAGCUGCUGUACUGCCACCCUCCCCCGCACAUCCAGCCGGAGGACUUCCAGCCGCAGCACGCCAGGUUUGACACCCGGCAGGUUGCCGAGCAACAGGACCCCGCCCAGGAAGUGAAGAGGCCGAAGAAGAUCAAGAGGAUCGAGAACACCGUGGACAAAGACUUCUUCCACCGGGAGAACGUGCGGGCGCUGACCAAGGGCGUGCAGUGCGUUAUGGGAUACAAGCCUGGGAGCGGACCGGCGGUCCCGGGAACGCCGGGCUCCGAAAGGCCCGUGGGAAAGCCCUGGAAGAAACACGGGAACAGGAACAAGAAGGAGAAAGUGCGCAGGCUCACUAAACACCUGGACGCCUGAACGUUACCUGUGGAACACCUAGACACCUGAACACGUUACCUGUGGAACACCUAGACACCUGAACACGUUACCUGUGGAACAUCUAGACACCUGAUCACACACUUGUAGAAUUCCUGACUACUGGACGCCUGGCGGCCCUUAUCUGAAGCACCUGGAUGUCUGGCUACACGUGUUAAGGCGGCACACCUGGAUGACUGAUAACACACCUGUGUGUCGAAAGUUGGACUGGAGAUGUGAUUGGCGACAGAUGACAAAAUUUGGGACUUGGUUUUUGCUGCCUGUAAUCUGACCGUUCAUGAGGCAGUCAUUUGGUCUGUUCUUGCAGCCAGAGGGUGUAACCCUCUGUUUAAAUAUAUGUUGAAUUUAAGGGCCUCUGAGGAUGUUUUAAUUGAAUAAAACUGUAUAGGCAUUGCUGACAAAAUUGUCUGACCUGCGAUACUAUUUGGAGUGGAACAAUCCACAUCCAGGAGGCUCAUGAGAAAAAGAGUGAAGAAGAGUGCAGCCAGAUCUCUGGAAGACUGGAGUCGCACAGUGAUGAUGUCACUGAAGAUAUGGUGUAGAAAUUGAUUUGUGGGCAAACGCCAGACCAGGAACUAACACUGUCAGCAAUGCCAUGACCCCGGCCAUUUUGAAAAAGCAGGAAAUAUUGCGACAAGCUGAGUAAAACAAGCUUGGUGUACAUGGUGGCCUUAAAAUUCUUACAAGUUUGCGGAAUUAUAAGAUUUAAAAUUGUUAAAAUGUUAGAAAUGGUUAAAAUCCUGGAAAGAAAAAAAAAAAAGGCAAAAUGUGGUUCUUUGUGACUGAAAACAUAAUUAUGUGUUCAAUAUUUUCUGAUCUUAUUUCCAUUUUCAUGAAAAGCGAAUACUGUUUGGAACAGUAUAUAUUUUUGUAGACAGGCGUACAGUCUAGUUCCUGAGUUCAGUACAGAAUAACUCGUUCUGGAAUGGAUGCCGCUGGAGCUGAAACAGAGAAAUCCAUAGUGACAGUUUGUGGUUCGUUAUGAGUUUCAUACGUUUCUCCGGAGGCCUGUGCACCAUUAAAACAAAAUAAUAAUUGUUGUUUGAUCGUAAUGAAUUGUUGAUUAAAUGACAUUAAAUACUA